CGGCAACCCGGGACCCAGGACUUGUCAAUUACCCGUCCUCCUGGGUCCCUGGUGAUUGAAUCGUCGCUGUUAAAUAUAAUGGGAUCUGGGGUAGGGUGGGUAGGGCUUACAGUUUCGGGAGAAAUUUCACUGGCUGUGCAUUAUUUUUAAUCGUUUGUUUUAACUUUUUUUGGAACAGUCAUUCCCGAUCAGUUGCUAAAAUCGUUACUUGUCUAGUGUCUCGGUUCAGAUUGGAAACUGUAUUCAUAAUGACAAUGAACCCACACGUUAAUAACAUGGCUGAUAUCCUGGCAAAUAAGCAGUUUCUUCAAAGUGAACGGCACGUUCCUUGGACACAGAAAAAGCCCUGGCAAGAUGUUGCUAUCAUCGACCUUGAGCCAGAUGGUGGAUUAUUGGUGACUCAUGUCAAUCAAACCAGUGGGUUGUUGAGAACAGAAGGGAAACGGCCGCUGACCAGUGAAAACCAGACAUCCGAGGAGUGGCUGGCCAAUCACAGCUUGGAUCACCAGAAAUUGACACUUCAACAUCUUCUAGCACACAGCAGGAUCAUCACGAAAAAGGAUGUGAUAAAUGUUGAACAACUGCAGCUUGGCUUAGAUGUCAUUGAUAAGUUUGAAUGCAGACUUCACCGAAUGACUGACCUUUAUCACCAAUGGAUGGAAUGGCUGAUGGAAGGGAGCAGAAAGAUGUUCGGCUUGGUGAAAGGUUCUCGGGUCGGUCUGCUUAUCGACUCCUCUGAUGCAAACUGUGGGCUUGGCCGACUGCAGGACUUUCAGGCAGCUCUCCUGCGUCUGCUGGAUGAACAGCUCUGUUUUAGGAAGCAGUUUUAUUUCCUCUCCUUUGGUAGUGACCUCUCUGAACUCUGGGAGACCCCACAGGAUGUGAACAUUCGCACCUUAGACGAAGCAAGGCAGUGGGUUCAAGAUCUCCAGCCCAGCGGGAGCUGCAACCUACUUAAGGCCAUGAAGAAAGUAAUGAAAGUGAAGAAGUUGAAUACUCUUCUCAUUAUCCUGGGGUCAUGUCCUGAUCAGACAGCAGAGAUUUUGGCUGACUAUAUGCAGCAGUGCAUGCUGGGAAGACAUUUGCCUUUCCAGACUGUCGCUUAUGACUGUAGCCACCACAUGACUCAUAUGACACUGAGGUCCCUGGUGAAAGUCUCAGGAGGACGUUACCAUUUGUACUCUACCAGCUGUCAGACCAAGGGCUGCUGGAGCAGUGAUCUCGAGGUCUUGAUGAAGGAACUGCAGCAAGCCAGCAAUAUAUUGGAGAAGAUUCAGGAAAUACGCCAAGGGCUGCUGGGACACUCUCUCAAUGAGGCUGUGGAGCAGAUUACAACUGAGGUUGCUAAGAUACCGCCUGCUCGAUUCCUACUCCAGCCGCCCAAUCACGAUGGACCUCUCUGCCUUGAGACUUCCAGUUUCCUGCCCAAGACCUCUGCUGAUUGGCUGAAGCAACAUGGCUUGAAAGCUAAGAAGCUCAGUCUGUACCAAGUGUUGGCACCGAAUGCAUUCUCACCUCUGGAGGAAUUUGUGCCAAUUCUUCGCAAGACCGUGUCCUCGACAUUACAUGGGCGAGCAAUGAUGCAGCUGGAAUGGCAUGAUGGGACAGUGAAGAAUGUCCAUGUAGACCCCCCUCUGUUGUACGAGUACCAGGUAACAAUCCCCAACCAAUACAUUCCUCAAUCUGUUUCCACCCCCACACCCUCUCCCUCUCUUUCUCUGCCAUCUUUUUUCUCCUUACCCUCAUCCACGUUUGGUUCUGAGGUUCAGCAAUAUCAGCCCCAAAUGGUGCCAGUUACACCAGAUAAUCUGCAGGCAGUGUGGAGGUGGGUCCUGACUCUGGAGUGCAGUGGCAGUCGGAAUUUCAUGGGUGCAUUGAAAGCAGCAACAGAAAAUAAUCUGCAUGAACAAGGGGAUCCUUGUGGCAUGUACCUUCUUACCAGUGGAAUACCUGAUCAGGAGAUGGACAGGAUCUGUUCUUACGUUGCUGAAAUCUGUGGAGGUCGUGACCUGCACCUUCACGUCUGCCUUUUCAGUAUCAGUGACGAUGGACUGAGUGGGACAGUCCCUGCACGUUAUGCCUCUCCAGGAGAGACAGCGUGUGCACUGCAGGAGCUGGCUCGUUCAGGUCGGGGGAGGUUCCACUGGUUUCAGGAAACAGGUAUUAUAGAGAGUGAUGACAUUCACCUUAUACUGGCUGAAAUUGAGAAAGCUGCCAACUACUCACAGAAGUGUGCCGUGCUGGUCGAAUCUUUAAGGAAACGCUCCAUGAAGCAGUCUGGAACACUGUCAGAUGCUGGGGACGGUUUAAAAAUGUUGGUGAAAAGGGAGAAUCACUGCCCUCACAAGCUGCUCACUCCAAAACCCAAGGCACUGAGCCUGGCCCGAAAGCAAGCCACAGGGGGAAGCGGUGAAGAAAGCAGCUCAGCUGUCAGAGCCCUGACCUGGUGUCCACACAGUGCGAAAGCUGCCCUCCCUCCAGCUCGUCCCAAUAAGAAGUGGAUUCACUCCUCUGUGGAAAAUCGCACUAAGCCGCACAAAACAGCAAAGGUUUCAAAGUUGAUGUUUUACACAGAGGACAGGAAUAAGGUCGGCGCAGUCUAUCAGAAAUAUCCGAAGAUGAAGAAUAUGAGGAAGACCAUUCCCUUUGUAUACUUGCCAAAAGAAGAGGAGAUUUGUUCAACUUCAGUGUGGUUGCAGAAGUUCGGUAUUAAGAAGCUGGGAUUGGAUCUGCACAAACUCGUCUCGGGCCUGGACUGCGUGCACACGAAGCAACUUGUGAGGAGCAUACGCAAAAGAGUCUCCGCAAAGUAUUGUGCAACCUUCCCCAGUGUGGAAAUCAAUGGUGUGAUGAAGCAUCUACACUUACAGCUUCAUGAGCUGGAAGAAUACAUUGAACAAAUCGAACGGACUCUGAGUCGAUAUCUGCAGCGAUUACAGUGGCUGCUAUCAGGAAGCAGAUGUCUGUUUGGAACAAUCUUGGAGAAGAGAGUCUGUAUUUUGCUGGAUACCUCGGGCUCCACCAGCCCUUACCUGUCAGCCCUGAAAAAGGAGCUCACUUCACUGAUCUGGGAACAGCUCAGCAAGGACAGCCACAGCUUUAACCUGCUGUGUUUUGCUGAGCGGGUCGACACUUGGCAGGAAUCUCUGGUGGAGGCUACUGAUGAGACAUGUCAUGACGCUGUUCAGUGGGCCUCAGGAACCAUUGCCCAUGGAAACACUUGCACCCUGGAGGCCUUACAGAGGGCCUUUCAGUUUCUGGAUGUGCAAGGGAUAUACCUGCUGACUGACGGAAAGCCAGACACCAGUUGUAGUCUCAUCUUGAAGGAAACUCAACAAAUGAACAAGGGCCGAGGUGUCAAAAUUCACACCAUUUCCUUCAAUUGUAUGGACAGCACAGCGAAUGAGUUCCUCAAGAAGUUAGCAGCACAGACUGGAGGCCGUUUCCACCGUUGCCAUGGAGCUGUUGAUGGACAGCUGGCAGCGCACAAAAUGCUUGCAGGAGGGUUUUCAGAUGAAGACAAUCCUAAUCUACCUGCAUUUGAGGGUGAUGAUUUAAAGAGGCUUUCCAGAGAAAUAAAUAAAGCGAGACGAUUCCUAACGCAGGCUAAAUCCUUCAGACACUUACUUUUGGAAAAGCAAAAGAAACCAGAUCGGACAGAUACUGGAACUGAAAGCCCAGCGUGAGCAGGUGACAGGAAAACAGAAUGAAUUGAAAUCAGUGUCUUCUAAGUUCCUUCACUAAACAAAGUAGUUUCUCUAUGUAACCUAUCAAAUCUCUUUGUCACAUUAAGUACUUUGAUUAGAUCACCCCAUCAACCAUCUAAAUACAAACCAGCUAUGUAACCUCUCCUAUCAUUUAAGCCCUGGAUAGCUGGUACCAUUUUGGUGUUUCUGCUGUGUACCCCCUCCAAAACCAACAUUUAUUUCAUUCUCACUCAAUUGCAGGUGCAUCCUCUUUCUGAUACUAAGACAGCACUGCACUGUCGAUGAUAUGGGUAUUUAGAUAAGCCCUUAAACUGAAGCCCUGUCUGCUUGUUAACAUCAAAGGAUUCCUGAGUAUAAUUCAAAGAAAACCGGGAGAAAUUUCCCAGUGCUCUAGCAGCUUUCUUCCUUCAACCAACACUAGCUAAUCAGAUCGCUGAUAACCUAAUGUAGGAUCUCACAGUGUGAAAAGCCUUGGCUCUGUAACAACAAUCACUGUGCAUCAAUAUCUCUCAAAUAUGAUUCUUUCUUAAAUGAACCUCACAUCUACUGUGACAUGGAAGUAACAUCACAAGGCAAUGCCAGGAAACAGGUAUAUCUGUAAGAUUCACUCAGUAAGCUUCCAGCUCCACUUUUUGUGAUUCCAUGUUGUCUUUGAAAAUAUUUUAUUUCGUAGUGACUAUAAUUUUGACGAAUUAUGUGAAUAGUUUAUACUUGAGUUUUAUAGAUACCUUGUGUUCAUUGAUACCUCAAUAAAUGAUUUGUAACUUUUGUAAAUUGUAUGAAAGAUUAAAAUGCACAACAUGA